AUGUUCAGUUGUAACAGUGGAAGUAUUUCUGGUUGUACGGCUUUAGUACCGUAUUCAGCGGUGAGAAUUUUGGGUGAUUUCGAGGAUGACUACAAAGAUAUAGUAUUAGGCGGCCGACGCUAUCGACUGAAACAAAAAUGGAAUGAUAACGGAGUUUCCGGCGUUUUGUGGGAGUCGGCAGUUGUGUUGUCUCGGUACAUAUAUGCAAAUACGGAUGUAAUUCGAAACAAACGGGUACUAGAACUGGGUGCUGGGCUUGGGUUACCAAGUAUGGUAGCCACCAGAUGUAAAGCAAACUUCGUACUUGCAACAGACCAAAAACUAGCCAUACCUUUACUCCGGGAAAACAUUGAACUAAAUGUACUGGAUUUUACAAAGAUUAAAGUUAUCCCACUGGACUGGCAAAAUGACUUGCUCAAUGAAACUUUUGAUGUAAUUCUUGGUGCCGAUCUAGUAUAUAAUGCCGAACUUUUCAACCCCCUGACUACAAUGUUAAAACGACAUAUGGGACCUAAUGGAAUUGCCUUAUUCAGCAGCAGACUGCGAUAUCCGAAGGAUAAAAUGUUUUACGAGAAUCUUAGCACUGCCGGUUUAGUUGCUAGAGAGGAAUUAUACGACGAAGAAACGGAUAUUCAUGUUUAUAGUAUAUCAAGAAUUAAUGCAUCUUAA